AUGUUUCUCCCUCGCCUUUUUGGCCUGGCUGCCCUCUCCCUGGCCAGCCUGGGAGCAUCAGUCGAACUCACCGGUUAUGAAUACGUUAUCGUCGGGUCCGGAGCUGGCGGUGGUCCGUUAGCGGCUCGACUAGCUCUUGCUGGUCAUAAAACACUGCUUAUCGAAGCAGGUGAUGACCAAGGCGAGAACACCAACUAUACUGUCCCAGCAUAUUCCGCCAAGGCCUCCGAAGAUGAAUCCAUUGCUUGGAACUUCUUUGUACGCCAUUAUACCAAUGACUCUCGCCAGGCCCUCGAUUACAAAACAACUUAUGAGACACCCGAUGGCGAUCAGUAUGUUGGCCUGAGCCCACCUGAGGGCUCAACCAUGAAGGGAACUUUGUACCCACGUACCGGAACCCUCGGUGGCUGCACAGCUCACAAUGCCUUGGUUACCGUCUACCCUUUUGAGUCCGACUUUGACUACAUCUCAACCCUAACGGGCGAUGCAUCAUGGGCCCCGGAUAACAUGCGCAAGUACUUCGAGAAGCUGGAGAACAACAACUACUUGCUGCCCGGUCUACCAGGACAUGGAUACGAUGGCUGGAUGCACGAUGAGGUUGCGCCUAUCAAUAUCGUCCUCGAAGAUCCCCAGCUGCUGGACAUGCUCCUCGGCGGAGCUUUCGCUCUGGGCAACGUCACAGAUACCAUCUUCAAUGUUGCUACCCUUCUUGCCGGAGACGCCAAUGCAAACUCCAGAUCCCGCGACACCAACCCAGGAUACUACCAGGUUCCGUUAGCUAGCAAUGGCGCAAAGCGAAAUGGACCUCGCGAGUUCCUCGUUUCCGUUCGAGAUGCGACUAACCUUGACGGCUCAAAGAAGUACCCUCUCGAUAUCCGCACAAACUGCCAGGCGACCAAGGUCAACUUCGACAACUCCACUGGCACCCCCCGCGCGACUGGCGUCGAGUUUCUCGACGGCAAGUAUCUGUACCGUGCUAGCCCUCGUUCCGGCGAUGCAGGCAGUGGUACCCCUGGUAGCGUGAAUGCUUCCCGCGAAGUCAUCGUCGCUGGCGGUGUAUACAACUCCCCUCAACUGCUGAAGCUGAGUGGUGUCGGACCCGCUGAUGAGCUGCGUCAGUUCGGAAUCGACAUUGUCUCUGAUCUCCCCGGUGUCGGUACAAACCUGCAAGACCACUAUGAGACCGCAGUUCAGGGUCGCGUCCCAUACAACUUCACUGCACUGGACGGCUGCACUUUCACCUCCGAACAAGAUACCGACCCGUGCUUGAAGCGAUGGGAGAACCCCAUCCUGGGUAACCGAGGCAUCUACUCAUCGAAUGGAUUCGCCAGCACAAUGCUAUACAAGAGUUCCAAUGCAGUGGAUGACGACUUCGAUGCUUUUGUAUUCGGAGGUCCAAUUAAUUUCCGUGGUUACUUCCCCGGAUACAGCAUCAACAUCACCGAGCACCACGACUGGUUCUCCUGGGCUAUUCUGAAGGCUCACCCACGCAACUCAGCUGGUUCAGUGAAGCUGCGCUCAGCCGACCCACUCGAUAUGCCCGAUAUCGUGUUCAACUAUUUCGAUACCGGUAGCGGAGAUUACGAGGCUGACCUGGAAGCUAUCACCGAGGCUAUUGGUUUGGCUCGCGAUGCAUUCUCCCGCCAGCUGCUGGACAUUGAUGAGAUUUUGCCUGGAAAGGAUAUUACUUCUACUGAGGAUAUCCACGACUACAUCAAAAAUACUGCUUGGGGACACCAUGCUUCCUGCACUUGCCCUAUUGGUAUCGAUGACGAUCCCAUGGCUGUUCUGGAUUCUAAGUUCCGCGUUCGCGGUGUUAACGGCCUGCGGGUGGUCGAUGCUUCUGUCUACCCUAAGAUUCCUGGAACAUUCACUGCCGUCUCCACCUACAUGGUCUCAGAGAAGGCCGCAGAGGAAAUCUUGAGCGACGCAAGCAACUAA